UCGUUUUCGAGCUGUUUCUGCGGAAUGAUGUGAGUUUGUGUCGUCGUUGAUGGGCGUCGCGAUUGAUUGAAAUUUUGAAUUUCAAGAAAGCAGUGAACUGCGUUUUUUUUCUGUGCAAUUGUGGAGUGAACAUUGAAAACGUUGGAAAAGUAGCACGGUUUUGUGGAUAUCGAGUGCUUCUCACUAGUGUGUGGACUGUUCAUAACUGGAGAACCAGUCGGUGGUGUUGUUCGAAUGCAGUUCCAAUUACACACUCCCAGAGAUAUACACCACUAGAUGGGUUACAGUACUGAGAGCAGUUAGUGUGUGAAUAUUAUUUUUGCUGAAAUAAAAAACCUAUCGAAAAUAUUGAACCUAGUGCUUCUUACUCCGAUUAUAACAAAUUGGCCCGCCCAAAAUGAUGUACUGAGCAUUGUGUGUGCGAUUUACUGAUGAACAAGAGGCGGUCGUUUGAAAGUGAUCAUAAAGGAAAACAAAAAUCGAAAGUGAACCAUACAUCGUUUGUGGUGAUGAGCUGAAAUGCAACUCCGGUCGUCGUCAGUCAAGUUAACCGGCAAAUUGUGAAAGAAAACAGGAAAAAAACGUAAAAUAAAAGUGUAAAGUGCUUUUUCUCGACGUAUUGCGUAAAGCGAAAUAAAAAAAUAAGUAUUGUGGCCGCAGUAAUUGCGCUCAACGCAUCUGAAGGUGGUAGUGGUGGAAGUGGUAAAUUGCUCGAAGAAGUAGUCGGACAGUGAAUAGUGAUUUUUUGGGAAGUGAAUUAAUUGACGUCUGAUUCUGAGAAAGGCAAUGAAUGAGCGGUCUUAGCUGCGAAUUUAAAUAUCCUCGUUCACUGUGGAUGAUGCUUUUAUUGCAUGCCGUACACACAUCAUACUGGGUUCCAGCCAACAUAACGGACGUUUUUGCAGCUCAGGGCUCGGCAACUUCUUCCGAUUUCAGUAGACGAACCCCAUCAAUUCGCACACCCCUGCAUGCAGCAGCACCAAAAAGUGUCCAGUAGCUGAAUCCGAAUAAAAAAAAGGUGACGAGUGCAUGACACACAAUAAGGCCCUUUGUGUUCGACCCCUCAAUCGAAAAUGUAAAUAGCAGUGUUUUGUUUCGCACUGCAAAAAAAUAAUCAUCUACGUCGUCACGUCACAGUGAAUUUGCGAGAGAGAGUGUGUGCGAAAAUUUCCGCGUGUGUGAGCUAUGUAAUCGAUUGGGUUUACCCCGAGAAGAGAAUCCAGCGAGCCUCCACGAAGUUAGCGAGUACCAGAGUGAAGCAGCUGUAAUCUUUUGAGUAAAAUGUACGGGUUUGGAUGUUUGUGGUGGGCUCAGUGAGGCGAAAAAUACAAGAGAAAAAAAAAUCAUUGGAAGAAGAAGUACACGUCGGAAAAAAAAUCCGCGAAUCAGUGAAGUGCGCCAGUGUGUGGUAAUCGACAUGACGACGGCAUCUGCGGCAACGGUAGACCGCCGACGAUUAUAGGCGGAAAUAAGCGAUUGUCAGGUGCGAAGAAUAGCAAGGAAGGUGGGAUUGAGACUCAGCAGCUCAAUUUUGCGCUUAUCAAGCAACUUGGAAUUCAUUUUUUGGAGGUUUCUGUAACGAGUGAAACCAAUCCACAAGAUGGACAAGUCUUCGGCUGCGAGUGCGGCCUCUGGGCCUAAGGUGUCCCAGAUCGCUAAUCUAUUCCAACGAAAGCCGGUGGAACUAGCACCGGAAGUUUCAGCCAAAGAGGUUGUAAGUCAUCCCUCUCCAACAGCGACAGUUGUGCGCACUGAGUCACACGCGGCACGAUUCAACAACGCCAGGGCCCUGUUUGAGAAGCUUGGCGAAGGACGUGUCAACAGGCCACCGCCAUUCAGUAUUAAAAUGUCACAUUCCAGUAGCAAGGAGGACAACUUGUCCGAAGUCGGUUCCGAGCAUGAUCGGUCCCCAUCACCCAAGCGGAGACAUCAUCCAAUCACAAACGGAAUUGGCAAGCUAGAUUCCAAUAGGAUACUAAACCAGUCGAGACUGAAAGCUGAAAAGCCAGAAAAACCGGAGAAGCCUGAACGGAAGUUUAAUUCGCGGGAGCUUAUCGAGAAGCAAAAGAACUGGACGUCACAUUUCUCCAAAACGCGAACCACAAAAGUCGGCAGCGAUUUCAAUCGAUGUGAUAUUAUAAGGUCUGUCCCGGGAACGGGAAUCAUUCCGGGAGGAAGUAGCGUUACAAGUUCCACUCCGGUCACCACAAACGGCGAUGCCUGUGUGCAAUCAUCCAAAGAACCCAGUAGACCCGCCCGUCCAGAAGCACCACUACAGCACAGGCUUCAAUCUCCAAGCGAACCUCCCCCUAGUCCUCCCAAAAGACAGACUCCUCCUCCGCCUCCCCCGGAGAAGGGACCACGAAACAUUCGACAGAAUUCAUUCCCAUCGCCCACCAAGCUUCCGCCAGCAGUUCCUCCUCACGCAAUCGACCCUAGUUCACUAAGCCCCACCAAAAUCAGCCCGGAAAAGCUCAAAUCACCGCUACGGCAGGCAGAGCCACCGCCACCAACCAUUCCAUCCUCCCUACCUCCGGUUGCACCCUUACGGAGCAACAAAUCCAUAGAUGAGCCACCGGAAAAAGGCGUUCGCAAAAAGUCCCUAGAAACCAAUCUGGACGACCAGACAACCCGGCAGUUCAAGUAUCCGGAACUGGGCGGGCUCCGACGGCAAUCCACCGAGAAAGACAGCGGAACGAGCGGAUUAACAUCGCCGGCCCAUGCCAUAAGCUCGUCGCCGAGCCCUGGGGCCAGUGCCUCGUCGGGACCUUCUUCGCCCAUUCACACCGAAGACGAGAAACAGGAGAACGAACCCACGGAAAAAGCCGACAACAAGCUGGACGAGGACGAGGGCAUUCCGGCGGAGGAAAAAAGCGGAAAAUCCUCCCGUUCCGAAGACCCCGACGACCAGCACGUUACGCGGCGCAAGAAGGCUUCAACGAGCAUUUGCUUCAAGGUUCCGGCGGCGGGCCUAGGUGCCCGUCCGCCCAGCAUCAUCAGCAGUAGCACCACCACCGACGAGGGCGGUUUCAACGAACCGUCGCCGGAGAUCAAAGCCAAGCUUAAACCGGCCUACGACUUCGAUGUCAUAGCUCCCGAUCUGCCGGCGUCACCGCCGAGGAGGUCCCUCGGCAGCGCACACGUUGCAACUACCAAUGGAGAAGGAGCACUGCUAGAACCACUGGUAUCCGCGGAGGAAGAACCCCAGCUCAACUACGCCGAUCUGGGCUAUCGGUUACGCCCGGAUGGGACCGAGUGCGACGAAAUCUACGGCGAGGUAGAUCACUAUCAAAGUGCCAACAGCAGCAGUAUUAUCACCAACAAUAAUAAUCAACCGUUAGACUUAGGCCACGGCGCUAGUAGUGUAGAGAGUAGGAACGCUAUUAACAAUACACGAUCUCAUUUCAAUCUUACUAACAACAAUCAGCAACCAUCAGAAGCGAUCACCGCAAAUGGUAGCUCGAACAAACCAGACACUGACGAUGUGCCAAUGGCGGAGAUGGAUCGAGUGCUGUACGCUUCGAUCGUACCCAAAGCGACCGGAGAUUCGUCCUCGACCAUCGCCAGCAGCGAACUGGCCUUCAUGGACAUAGAAAAAGAUGAGGCUAAAAUCCUGGACCUGGAUGAACUGAGCGAGGGUGGUGCCGAAAAAGGUUAUCACAGCCCGCAGACUAUCCUUGAUCCCACGAGGCCCACCUUGAGUGAGUACGAGGAUGACUACAGCAACAAAACGCUGCCGGAUCCGCCAUCGCUGAUUUCGAUGCGACCGCCACCAAUCCCGGAGGGACCCCCGUUGGACCUGCAGGAUGUUCUGUACGCCGAUGCCAGCGAUAACGAGCACGACAGUUUGGUACUGCCGGACGAGAUGACGGCAGACGAGGCCGAGCGAUUGCUCAGCUCAAGCGCUGAAACGGAUGCGAAAUCGAUUUCGCACAAACAACAACCACUUCUCUCGGACGAACAAGCCCGCGAAGUAGAGCAGAUCCUGCUCAACAACAAAACCAAAGCCGAAACCGAUUCCAACCGACCGCCUCCGCUGCCAACGGAAUCGCUUCCAACCCCACCGCAGGAAUUCCGUAAAGAACCCGACUCCCCUCCGGCUGUCACCUCGGCGGAACCUACCCCUCCACCAUCGGCUACAGACGAGCCGGACUGGCUCAAAGACGUCCUAGAAGCCCCGGUCAAAAAUGGAAUCGCUGCCCCUCGUGACAAGCCUCCUCCUCCGCCACCGCCACAUACAACGUCCGCGACCAACGGUUUGGAACCUCCGGCACCGCCAAGUCGCAACAACUCCACUACUAGUCAGUUCGAGGAGACCGCCAAUUCGACCGAUCUGCUCAACCAAACCAUUCUCGAUUCGUCGUCGAUCCUGCAGGACUCGUACGUUUCCGGUGAUUCGAUGCCCAGUGUAACCACCUCGGAUAGCUUGAACCUGAGCAAACAGGAGGAACAACUCACGACCAACGAUGCCGAGGCUGACGUUUCGGCAGACGAGAGCAACAACUCCGGAAUCUACAACGCAGAGUACCCACCGGUCAAGAGCAAGGAGGUGUUCGUAAAUCAAGACGGGGUCCACUUCUUCGAGGAUGGUAACUUCUGGAUGGAGGUUCCGGGUCUGCUGGAGUCGGAUGAGGAGGAAGACGUGCGGGUGAUAAAGAAGAGCACCAAGGUGAAGUUCAGCACCAAUCCGAUGCAGGUGUUUUCGACGUUUUCGGUCAACGAUUACGACCGGCGGAACGAGGACGUAGAUCCAGUAGCGGCGUCCGCCGAGUAUGAACUGGAAAAGCGAGUCGAAAAGAUGAACGUUUUCCCGGUGGAGUUGAUGAAGGGGCCGGAGGGGUUGGGACUUAGCAUCAUCGGUAUGGGAGUAGGAGCUGAUGCCGGUUUGGAAAAGCUGGGAAUCUUCGUCAAAACCAUAACCGACAAUGGUGCGGCUGCCCGUGAUGGGAGGAUACAGGUGAACGAUCAAAUCAUCGAAGUCGAUGGCAAGAGUCUAGUCGGCGUUACGCAGGCAUACGCCGCCUCGGUAUUGCGCAACACUUCCGGUCUGGUGCGGUUCCAGAUCGGACGGGAGCGUGAUCCGGAAAAUUCCGAGGUCGCCCAACUGAUCCGACAGAGCUUGCAGGCGGAUCGCGAAAAGGAGGAACGGGUCAAACGCCAACUAGAAGAUUACCUCCGACGGAAUACGGAGAUAUCCGAGGACUCCACCCUGCCGGUGUCGGCCAAUUCCAGCGUAUCGGAGGGCCCAAUCAGCCCAACAGGGGCAACCGCGGAAUCACUGUUUGAAACGGAAGCCGCCCGAUCCAGCGAUGUAGAAUCGCUCCGACGAAUAUUGCAGGAGCAUAAAGCGAAUCUUAAAACCAUUGCACUGCAUGAGGGCGAUAUCCUUAACCUCAAACAACAGCUCAUCAAGUACCAGCAAAACUGUAACGAGGCGGAGUUGUUGGCCGAGCGAAUGAAGCAAACGGAACGGGAGCUGGCCAACAUCAAGAAGGAAGCGAACAACUAUCAGAAUAUGCUACAGCAGAGCCAGGCCCAGUACGUCACGCUGGAGAAAAAGUACGGCCGCGUGAAGAAGAUUCUGCGCGAGUUCCAGCACCGAGAGCGGGAUAUGAUCCAAUUCCAAGAAUACUAUCUGCAGCAUCUGCAGGAGAAAGACACUGAAUACAACGCACUGGUCAAGAAACUUAAGGACCGGGUGAUCCACCUGGAACAGGAACUGCAGGAAACCCAGCGGAAGGCCGGGUUCCCAGUGAUACUGCCAUACGAUAGUACCAGCCUGAAGCUAACUCCUCAAAUGAGUCGCAAGCAGCCACCAAAGCCGGUAUUCCAGAAGCUGGAAACCGAACUGUCGGACACGGAAUUCUCCGACCUUUCCCCCGAUGGCGAAGGUGAAGACGGCAAAACGGCCACCGUCGAGCGGAAACUACCCACCCAGAAAGACGACGAACUGGACACGGCCAUUCCUCAGCAUGAGCUGUUGGACAACUCGCUGAACAAAGGUAAAAGUGAUCUGGUAGCACGUGGCGGUCUAUCCAAACGGAGUCUUCCCGGAAAGAAGAGUCACAGCAAUAGCGGUUCCGAUUGCGCCUUGGACGAAAGCGAGGAGGAAAUCACCGACUCCACAUCGAUAUCGCACGAGUAUACCGGCCUCUACAGCACCCCGCAGAUCAUCAACAGGCAGCUGAACAACGUCAAAAAUGGUCAGGAGAAUUCUGGUCUUCCGGUGUACGCUCAGGUCAACAAGGACCGCAGCGAAAACCAUCACAACGCUGGGCAAACUCAGCACACAACCAUUCCGAACAUCUACCGGAAUCCACCGUCGGACAACAACAAACUCAAUUCCAGUUAUGGGUCCGAUCUCAAUGCUUCCUCCUACGACAGCGAUCUGGGAUCAUCCACAGACAAACUCAAGGAUAGCGGCGUGUCCAGUGACAGUUGGAUGUACCCCUCGCGGAGGCCCAAAGGACUGAAAGGCAUCACGCCGCCAAUGCUUGCAGAACAGCUCAAGGAACGACUAGCCGAAAGACGAACCGGGGAUGACGGUUCUUCGCGAGACUCUAGCGACGACUACUCCGAAAUCAACCAGCGACACAUCAGCCCUGCCGCAUCCCUAUCUCAGAACCUUCUGUUCGAAAUCAAAAAAGCAGUCAACGAAGCGCAACCGAAAGUGAAAAACAUUCUUCCACAAAAUCUAUCUCCUCCAGGAAGUAGCAGCCCGUGGCAACAGCAGCAGUCGUCGUCGCCGCAAGUCGGCCAAUCGGCGGGAACCGGAUCGCAGGGACCUCCAUCGCCGUCGAGUGUGUCCAGUGGGUCAACGUCACCGGGGGCGUAUUCGCCGAGCCGGACACUGGACCUGUCGGGGUCGACGUCCAGCUUCUCGAGCGAUCGUAUCCGGGAUGCGCACCAGUGGAAGAAUGGUCCUGUUGAGCAGUGGUCUACCGAUCAGGUGUGCCAGUGGUUGCUCGGCAUCAGCAUGGAGGCGUACAUCCCGGCCUUCGUGAAGCUCCAGGUCGAGGGCGGAGCGCUGCUCUACCUCGAAAGGGCAGACUACCAGGCGCUGGGCAUCGACGGCCAGGACCGGAAGCACCUCAAGCGUAACAUCAAGGAGCUCCGGCGGCUAAACGAAAAGGAACGCAAACAGAAAGAAAAGGACCGUCGGGAGCGGGAAAAGCUGAUUAAGAAGGCGGAGAAGAAGGCCGAGAAGGAUCAGAAGAAGAAGAAGUAAAUGCCAAAUUGAUGGGGGUAGUUGACGUACGGAAACUGUUUUUUAUGUGCAUUUAUCUCAUAAACACGUGUAUUGAAGGUAGGGGGAAUGGGACAUUUACUAGAAAUUCGUAGACCCGUGUGUAAUGGGUAAUUUUGUAUAACAAAAACUCAGCAACAGGAUAUGACUAUGCAUGUAGCGCAAACAGACGAUAAUGUAUAGUUAAUUGAGUGACUUUUGUUUGAUAUUUCCUCGACCGUCUUAUGUUUUGUUUAUCGUUUAUAUUUUUAGUUUUACAACAAAUUUGUUUGUUAGAUAGCUUGUUUAUAUAAUGGUAGUGAUUGAUAGCUGAAGUUAAUUUAUACGGAUAUCAACAAAAUUAGUAGUACGUAGCAUGAAACUCUGAAAAUACACAUUGAACACAAUAAUUAGUUGUUAGUCUGUUAGCGAACGGGGAAACCGCUGAGCGGUGGCUCAGCCGCUGCAGAGAUUGUCCUUUAUUUCCCGUAUGCAGGGGAUUAGUUGUGUACCAUAUAGUUCUUACGGCAAUAGCAAAACAUGCGAUUAGAAGCAUAUGAAAUUUCUUAAUUUUCGUUCCUUCAUAUUUGGGGAAAAAUGUAAUAAGUGUAAAAACUUUCAUUUUAGUUUAUUUGUAAAUCUAAAUUAUUUAUUUCAAAAAUUUCAACAUAUGCCCACACAUACAUACAUACACACAAACUCACAUACAUACACACAAAACAAUCAACAUGUAGCAAACAAAAAGAAAGCCAUUCGUCAUUUUCGAUAGUCUAGUAGUUUUACAAAUGAUCAGUAAAGUAUUGCAAACCGACAAAGGUGGAUAAACAUACGAUUCAAGAAACACCACAAGGCAUUUGUAUUAACGGAAACUGUUAUUCGGAACUGUCGUAGUUGCUGUAGAAUGCGAAAGAGAGUAAUCAACAACUUACAAAUCGAUAUCGCAGAACACAACACUCAGUUGAUGCUAUCAUUUUUUUUUUCUAAGUAGAUUCAGUAGCCAAGUACCUUAAAACUAAAAUGCAACUAUUAUUCAGCAUCCAGAACAGAUAUGCAGUGAAUGAUGUCGGAGACUACAGUCGGGUGAAUCGGUGUAGUGAAAAGAGAAAAUAAAAAGGUAAAAACUGUAUGAGGCAGAGUGUAGCAAUGUGUUUAUUAUUUAUAAACUAUUAUACACUAUUUAAAUUAGAGAGGGCUAGGGUCACCCAGUCCACAGUCGAAAAUACAACAAACCAAACUAUUGGAGAGAAUGUAGUGAGAAAAACUAUGAGAAUAAAAGAAUGAAAAUUAGA